AUGGUCAUGAGUUGGACAAACCAGUCCAGUGUCUCUGAGUUCCUCCUCCUGGGCCUCUCCAGGCAGCCCCAGCAGCAACAGAUCCUCUUCAUGCUCUUCCUGAGCAUGUACCUGGCCACGGUCCUGGGCAACCUGCUCAUCAUCCUGGCCAUCAGCACAGACUCCUGCCUGCACACCCCCAUGUACUUCUUCCUCAGCAACCUGUCCUUCGUGGACCUCUGCUUCUCCUCCACCAUCGUGCCCAAUAUGCUGUCCAAUCACAUACUCAGCAGUCAGACCAUCUCUUUCCCUGGGUGUCUCACACAGAUGUAUUUUUUCAUUGUGUUUAUUGCCAUGGACAACUUCCUUCUGGCUGUGAUGGCCUAUGAUCGCUUUGUUGCCAUAUGCCACCCUUUACACUAUACAACUAAGAUGACCCAUCAGCUCUGUGCCCUGAUGGUCACUGGGUCUUGGGGCAUUGCCAAUGGGAAUGCUCUGUUGCAUACUCUACUGAUGGCUCGACUCUCAUUCUGUGCAGACAAUAGGAUCCCCCACUUCUUCUGUGAUGUGACUGCUCUCUUGAAACUCUCCUGCUCUGACACACAUCUUAAUGAGAUGAUGAUUCUUAAUGAGGCAGAUCUGAUAGUGAUCAUCCCAUUGGUUUGCAUCCUGGUUUCCUACAUUUGCAUCACCUGUGCUGUCAUGAGAGUCCCAUCCACAAAGGGAAAGUGGAAAGCCUUUUGCACGUGUGGCUCCCACCUGGCUGUGGUUUCCCUCUUCUAUGGCACCAUCAUUGCUGUGUAUUUCAGCCCGUCAUCCACCCACUCAGCUGAGAAUGACAUUGCAGCUGCUGUGAUGUACACAGUGGUGACUCCCAUGCUGAACCCUUUCAUCUACAGCCUCAGGAACAAGGACAUGAAAGAGGCCCUCAUAAAGCUCUUUUCAUCAGGAAAGACUGCAUUUAUCGAGGAACUUCCCAGUCUAAGGGUGUUAGAACGGUCUUCCGGAAUUUGA